UCCUACCUCUUCUCGUGCUUCCCUUCUUCCUGCACCCUCUAGCUUCUUCUGCUUUCGACGGCAUGCGAAUCGAGGUCACUCACGUCAACUCCGACGGCAACUAUACGAUGGCGGAGCUCAUCCGCCGCGCGGCGGCGCGCGACACGGUUCGACUGGCUGGCGCCAGGGCAAACGUCACGACUCCGCUCCACUACUCGACCGCGGGCGGCUACCUCAUGGAGCUCGCCGUCGGCACUCCCCCCGUUCCGUACUUGGGCUUGGCCGACACCGGCAGCACCCUCGUCUGGAUCGAGUGUCUCCCCUGCAAGAACUGCACCGACUUGGUCGUGCCCAAGUACGACCCUCACAAAUCCCCCACCUUCUCUUCGCUCCCCUGCAACAGCUCCUUAUGCGAGGCCCUCGACUUUCGCGGUUCCUGCCUCAAGGGCUCAUGCACCUACAAUAUCGUGUAUGGGAGCGGCGCGACAGUAGGAGUGCUCGGCAGCGAGAUCUUCACGUUCGGAUCCUCCGAGCCAGUCUCCGUGCCGGAUAUUGGUUUUGGGUGCAGCACUGAUAGCCUUGGCGACUACGGUAACUCCUCCGGUAUUGUUGGACUGGGGAAAAGCAGUCUGUCAUUGGUGUCACAAUUGGGCGUCGGAAAGUUCUCUUACUGUCUCACUUCUUAUUACGAUAUUCGCAGCACCAGCUCACUUUUUUUCGGUUCUUCCGCCAGUUUAAGUGGAACUGCAGUAAAAUCUACUGCUUUUGUUCGAAACCCUAACUCUACCUUUGCUUCUUUUUACUACCUGCCUUUGAAAGGAAUAUCCCUCGGCGCGACACUACUUCCUGUCCCGUCAACAGCUUUCGCGAUAAGAACGGACGGAAGCGGCGGGCUGAUCAUCGACUCUGGCACCACUUUCACAUACUUAGGAGAUGUCGCGUACCAACUUGUGAAGCAAGCGAUCCAAUCUCUGGUGAAUCGACCGCCUGCCGACGGGUUGAAACUUGAACUUGAUCUUUGCUACUCGUUGCGACCGCCGCCGCCGCAAAUGCCGAACAUGACGUUCCACUUCGACGGUGCUGACAUGAAUUUGCCCGUGGAUAAUUACAUGAUAUCGGAUUCGGAGACAGGUUUGUGGUGCCUUGCGAUGUUAAACUCAACCGACAACUCUUCGAUACUCGGGAAUUUCCAGCAGCAGAAUAUGCAUAUACUUUACGAUCUAGACAACGAUGUUCUAUCCUUCGUGCCAGCGCAAUGCAGUAAACUUUGAUCGAAGUUGUGUGUUAGCCAUGUACUUGGUGUUUAUCUUGUUUUCGUUGAGAUUAAUUGAGUUGUAUGUUAUAUUUCUAUGGGGCAGUAGAAAUCGUUAUAUGAACGAACUUGCGUUGUGUUAUAUGUAUGUUGAAUCACUCAUCUUAAUUGUAAUUAUGAACAGUUGUUGUUUUGAUUUAGAAAGUGCAAAAGAAAAGCAGUUGUCUUUU